AUGCACCUCGCUCAGGAUGCCCAUGAGUUCCUGGUAUGUUUCCUGGACGCCCUGGUCAGCAUGAAGGACGCAGGGCACCCCGUGGCGCAGGCCUUCUCAGGCGCCCUGCAGUCAGAGGUGACGUGCUGGGCGUGCGCCCACGCCUCCACGACACGUGACGGCUUCAUGCAUUUGUCCCUGGACAUCCCCCCCGCCUCGCACCUCAUCGCGCCGGCCAUCGCCCUCGACCCGGCCGACCCACCGCCUGCGCCCCGGGCGGCCAACGGGAGGCGGGUGGCGCCCCCCGUCCGGGGUCGCGGCCGCGGUGCCAAGGUGGGCAGGCGCCUGGGUGUGCUGGGCCUGCUGGGCGCGCUCAAGCGCCUGACGCGGGCGGAGGACCUGCAGGGCGCCGCCUGGCAGUGCGCCGCGUGCGGGGCCAGGGGCCGGGGGGCCACCAAGCGCCUGACCCUGGCCGCGCUGCCCCCGCUCCUGGUCCUGCACGCCAAGCGCUUUGAGCACCCAGGCGGGGGCGUGGCCACCAAGCUGAACACCUACCUGGAGUUCCCCAUGAGAAACCUGGACAUGCGGCCCUUCCUCAGCUCCCUUGGGGCCAGACUCUCCCGCCAUGGCAGGUCGGAACGGGAGCAUGCACAGGGCAAUGGCGCCUGCGCUGCAGCGCCAAUGAUGAACCCAGAGGGCACCUAUCCCCUGUACGACCUGUACGCCGUCGUCGUCCACAAGGGGGACUUCAAGGGCGGGCACUACGUGGCAUACCUGCGCUGCGGCAAGGGCGAGUGGUAUCUGUGCGACGACGCCUGCAUCUCGGCGGCCAGCGAGGCCGACGUCCAGCACUGCCAGGCCUACCUCCUAUUCUAUGCUGCACACACGGUUGGGGUGGGCGCAUAG